UUCAACAUGGAGGACAGCGAGAUAAAUUCUGAAAAAAUUGAUCAAAAUCUUGAUCAAAAUCAUGGUUCAGGUUGUGCAAAAACCUCCAAUCACUCGGACGUUGCUGAACAAAUUGAACCUGAGCUAGAUGACCUUUUGGAUGAUGCUCUGAGAGACUUUGACAAGCCGCCUGUAGUGGCCACAAGUAAUGAUUCAGCCAACCAUGGUGAAGCAGCCGCGGCUUCGAGUGGCAAAGAAUCGCUGGGGUUACCAGGAGCCAGUGCCGCGCUCCCUCCAGACCAAGAGGCUAUGUUUAAUGAUAUCUUCCGUUCAUCCGAGCUUGGCGAUGAAACGUCAAAAUCCUUCGAGGAGGCAAUGAAAGCACUGAUGACAGAAGAUCCCAAUAUGUACGAACAACUAAGUAAAUUGUCGCAGGCCGCCAACAGUGUCAGCGAUACUAAUGAUGGCAAUGACGACUCUCAAAAAGAAUUCUUUGGAACUUUGCAAGAAACGUUGGGAAGUUUAGCUAUGAAUGCUCAAGAUUUGCAGGGUGAAUUGUCAGAAGAUGACUUAGCUAAGGCAAUGUCGAGUCUUGGGAUCGACUUUGGGGCGGAUGGUCCAGGCCAGGGCCAAGGCCAAGAUGGUGAUUUCCUCCCCAUGAUGCAAACAAUGAUGAAGAGCUUAUUGUCCAAAGAUAUUCUGUACCCGUCACUGAAAGAAAUUUCUCAGAAGUAUCCGGCAUGGCUUGAUGAGAAUAAGGAGACAGUGGAGAGAGAACAGUACAAGAAGUAUAUGGAACAGUACAGACUCAUGAAGGACAUCUGUGCUCAACUUGAGCAGGAGACGGAGGACGACGAUGAUGAUGUGAAGAAACAACGAUUUGAGAAAGUACUAGGACUUAUGCAACAGAUGCAAGAGUGCGGCCAACCACCCCCAGACAUUGUUGGCGAGAUGGCCCCCGGUUUAGAAUUUGAUGAGAAUGGUAUACCCAAGCUGCCCGGUGCUUCAGAACAGUGUUGUGUCAUGUAACCCUGCCAUACUAUACUUAGUGAAGAUGCAUUAGGUUUGGUUCAGAUGUACACUUAUAUUGGAAUGUACCUAGUUUAGUGGUUGCACCGGGUCUACAAAUUGCCAAAUAAGUGUACAUCUGUGACGAGCCUAACAGAUCAAGUGUUUACUUCUCUACCGUAUCCACCUCUACUUUACACCCCAUUACACUGGUGCAGGCCUCUCAAUUACAUGAUUCCUACACCGUAUAACGGUGUAGGCCGUACAGGAUGUCCCCGAAUUAGGCGUUUUUUGACCCCUAACAUAAUCAAAUCUCAUCCAAAUGGCCUAAUUUUAUAGUUUUACCCUAAUAAUUAUGAUUUUUCAGGUGUAUGUGGUGACAUCAGUCACUGACUUUGAUUUAUGACCUCGCUGUUCAGGCAAAUUUGCACGAUGAAAUGUCCCCAAAUUAAGCUAAAAAGCAAAAAAACAUGUCCCCAAAAUAGGCUAAAAAAAUACAGGGUGUAGAGGCCUCCACGUAAUUGAAAGGCCUGUGGUGCCCAAAAUUAUUGCAAAAACACCAAUAUUUGUGAUCUCACUCCCCUUUUCUUCUGCUUUUUAAUGAGCAAAUGGUCACUUUAUAAUGGUUUGACUCUGCUUGAUUAGUUUAUAUUCACGAUUUCUCACCAUGUUAUUUAUGCAGGUUCAAACUGGCCAGAUAUAACGGGUUGUAUUUUACAGGGAAAAUGAGUUGAUACCAGCCAUCUGGCAUCACCCAGUGCGGCAUUAUGACUGGUGUCUGCAGAUUUUGAUUAGGUCAUUGUACUUUUAGGCUACCCAAAUUUUUUUUGGUUACUUGUCCCACCCAAUAUGAUAUUCGUGCAUCAAUUGGGAUGAAGAACUGGUUCAUUUUUUGGCCUUCAUUUUAAAAUCGAUAAUUCAUUGUGCGAUUAGGUGUCCAAUGCUUCCAACACUAAGUAUUUAUAAAUCAAAUCAUCAUGUUCACUGCCAUAAGCUUUCGGUAUCAUCACAUCUUUCAAUUCCACUUUCGGCUGUGAUAGGCAGACUGUAGUCCAGGGUUGCCAUACUCUGUAGCGAUGCAGUUUAAUCUUGAUGCGGGUUGAAUAAGUGCCCAGUAGUGCCACUUACUUUCUGGACACUUCUAUCUACAGUAGAACCUCUCUAUUAAGGACACCCUUGGGACAGACAAGUGCUGUCCUUAAUAGAGAGGUGUCCUGAUUAGAGUGGUCGAAUUUAAUGGAAACAACCAAUUUGGGACUAAAACUAGUGUCCUUAAUAGAGAGGUUGUCCUCAAUUGAGAGGUGUCCGCUAAGAGAGGUUCUACUGUACUUACAUAGCUGAAUCUUGCAGCUAUGGGUUCUCAGCAGUGUUAUGGGUUUCAGUUUCACGGUGGCCAAUUAUUUGUUUGAAGAUUUAUCCCUACACGAUGCCUGGUAUUUAAGUUUUAUGUACCGCACCAAACAAUCAAACAACUUCAUGAAACAAGCAGACUUUCAAUAAAGAAGACCGUAAUGUAUCCAAGAGCCAAGUUCAUAUCAUUUUCAAGUUGUCCUUUCGUUUGUCCAAACCACAUCAAAUCAUGUGAUGAGAGUUUCUUCAUCUCAUAUUGUAGAGGUCAGGCCUGAAGUUUAUAGCUUUUGAGGGCAAGGCAAAUUCUACCUUUAAAGGGGUACAUGCCCUGGGCCAUGACCUUUUGAAGUGCUGUAAUAAACUUGGCACCAAGGCACCAAUGCUCUCAGUUAGUUGAGGGCAAUGAGUCCUGUAAGGCAUCCUGAGGAAAUUAGGGGUUAAAGUCUGCUUGUGUGCAGGGCCAGAGAAGCGAACAUUGACCCCUCAUUCCUCAGGAUGCCUGUAAGGUGAAUUUCAAUGAUUUUCCCAGCCAAGCAGCCCCUGCACCUUCUGGAUUUGUCUGUCAAGAAUUGUAAUAGCGUGUCUGUAGUUCGUGUUAUCUAUUCUUUGCGCAAACAGAGAACUAACAGAUUAAAAACUUUCAUUUCAUGUUUUGAUUGAACUGCAUUUUGAUGACAGACGAGGCGGCAGAUAUUGUGUUAUUUAGUCAUUCCAGUUGUUUUCGUGAUGCCCCGACAGGCUUUUAUGCAAUGCAUAGUGUGAUCAAAUGAAUUAUGCUGUAACUGGUAGUAGUUUGGUGUGAAAUACUUCAAAGCAAUACUGCUAGAGUUAACUGGUGAAGCUUUUGAUGUGUGCUGAUAUCUAUGCGCAAUACCAAGUUUAUGAAGUAUAAAUGGUAUAUGACAAAUUGGAGAAAACGUGUUUUAUUGUUUAUGAAAUUUGGGUAAUUUGCAUGACGUUGCAUGCUUGCAUGACUGUUGUUUGUCAAUGGCUUUGAAAACUAACAUGUCAAUAUGAGAUGUUUUUCCCUUUUUGUUAGUGUUAGCUGUCCAACCUUUGCCUGCUGAAAGUUAGAUUCCAAGGAACACUGUGUAAUGAUUGUAUGGUUUAUUUAGAAUGCUCGAAUUCCUAUUUCAUGCAUAACAAUCAACAGGGUAUCGUGGUUAUUCGACCUGUCUGCACUUUCUGACUUAUGUUGUAAGAGACAGAAUUUUGCUUCAGAAACUUGCCGGCUCAAACUGCUACUGUGCUAAGCAAACAUUUGUUUACCUUUUUUUGCUACCUGAAAUGAUGAAGUUAUACAGGUCAAGUUAUGAAGUUUGCGGUGUGAAAGUUGAUUGCAAAAUGUUAUUGAAUUUGAUUAAUAUUUUUCCUUGUUCAAUUGUGGCAGUUUGAAGCAAAAAACACUCAUGUAAUACAAGUAAUCAUUUUUUAAAAUCUUCGUUCAAAUUGCUGAAAAUGCUUCUUAAUCUUAUCAUGUGAGGAUAUAGCAGCUGGUUGCUUUUUGGCUACUUAGCAACCCAUUGCUAUGUUGUGAUUGUUACUUAGCAACAAGUUGCUAUGAGGUUACCUUGCAACCCACUGCUAUAUUGUGAUUGUUACUUAGCAACAACAUGCUAUGUUGUGACAGUUUCUUAGCAACCAUAGUGUCAUCAUGGCUGACUAGUAGUCAUAGAAACGAACACAUUUAGAAUGUAGGUGGUAGCAUUUUCUAACUGUUUUAUAUUAAUGUUACAGGCUUUUUACCAAGAUUGGUGUUUUUAGAAAAAAAUGAAAUAAACAAAAGGACACUGACAAUUUUGAUCUCAACCUAUUUUAACCAUUUCUCAACAUAGGGCCGUGUUUGUAGACCAGUAUGAUGCAUGGUUCAGGUUCCUACGACCAGAUGAUGUGACGUCAUGUUUUGCGUGGUUUACUGCAUCAUACAUUGUAUUAUGUAAUCAGCGGCCAACGUGGCCUGUCGUCAAAUCGUCUCUGAAGGAUGUUUGAUUUACCUCACAAUAAUUUCAGAUAUGAUUGGAAUGAUUCUUGUAACAGGUUUAACUCGGUAUUGAAGUGAACUAAUUAUUACUUCAGUGUAAUUUUUCUCCCUGAUUUUGUUCCAAUUUGGACUUGGUAUGAAGAGUAGCUGUAAACGACCCUAUUGCCUAGGUUGUUUGGGUCACGUAAUGGCAUGCACUUUCCAGGGUUGGAGCCUUGGCCCGGUGACCAGUUUUAUUGUUUGCACACAAGCAAGAUGCUCUAUCCCCACAAUGAGUUUGAGAUGAAAAUUGUCGUUUGGGAAGACAUUUCUGGCUGUGAUAGUCGCAUUUGUAGAGGUCACUCUUCUAGUCAAUGAACUGUUGGGGAUUAGUGUUGUGGCAUUUACAAAAGAGUGCGCUACUGUUUAAGUGUAGGUCUGCUCAAUUAAAUAUUGUGUGCUUCUCAGAGUGGCGAUCAGUCAUAUAGUUUUUUCAGAAAAUUGCGGGAUGCUUUGAAAUGAAAUAACCUAUGAGUUUUUAUUGAUAACAGCAAGUAUCCAUACUUGAUAAAAGAUAGGUUCACUUCAUUGAGCGUGAUUUAACACCCAAAGGAAUGGUCUGCUGAAUGAACUAUUUCUCUAUUACUGCGAUUCAAGUCCGCUUCAGUAGACUGUACAAGAAGAUUACGGAAAGUAAGGGAGGUCAGUUCAAACUGUGUUACAGAACUGUUGUAAAGUGCCACCUUCCUACUGGAUACCUCUCUAUUGAGGACACCCUCUCUAUUAAGAACACUAGUUGUGGUCCCAAAGUGGUUGUUUGCAUUCAAUUUGACCUCUCUAAUCAGGACACAUCUCUAUUCAAAGAAGGAUAGCACUUGUCAGUCCUGAGAGUGUACUUAAUAGAGAGGUUCUACUAUGAUGAUUGUAGGCUAUGAGGCAGAGAUCUGACUGUGUUUGAGUUGAAUUGAAUGCUGUGGGGCUUGAGGAAUAUUCUUGGACAGUCUACCAUAUCGGGGCUGGUAAGGGAAAACUGAUCGCUGUAGUUGAUGUGUACAUAAUGUAAGUGCUUUUGUAUUGAUGGUGCAUAGA